UCGUAAGUACUUUUAAUUAACCAGAAAAGCACAGUAAAAAUAGGGGCCAUUCACUUAUUACGUAACGCUUUUAGGGGGAGGGGGGGUCUAAGAUUUUGUUACGAUUCAAACAAGGAAAUUUUUUUUUCAUACAAAUUUUGUUACGAGGGGGGGGGGGGGGGGUCUAAGAAGUCAUUUUUUCGCGUUACGUAAUAAGUGAACAGCCCCAUAGAUUCUUUAUAAUGCACAAUGAUUCAGAUUCGGAAAAAAUGUUCAAAAAAUAUUUUUUGAUAAACUUUUACAUACUUUUGCUAAAAAAAUCAUGUUAUCCUUUAUAUUAUGGACUGAGUUUUUGAGCA